AAGAGGAGGAGGUGGAGGGGCAUCAGCAGCCCUCUUGUCCCCUCCCCACACGAUGAGAGCGCGCCUCACUCCGCUGCGCGGUUAUUUCUGUCUCAAAGCACCGAUCCGUACCGAGCCGAGCCGAGCCACGGCGCGCAUCCCCGCCUCCACCACCGCCUCCACCACCACCCCACCCUCGUCUCUCCGUGUCCCACCGCCGCUCUGAGGCAAUGGAGCCGUAACCAGCCUCAGUGUGCUAAGUGAGCCGAGCCGAGCCGAGCCAAGCGCGUGAAGCAGCAGCGGAUAUGGAGGUGCAGCGCAGAGAGGCUGGAGUCUAGACUGAACCACAUCAGGACGAGGAUUUACUCAGACCCACAUCAGGACGGGGAUUGACUCAGACCCACAUUUAUAAACUGUUCUCUCUGAUCACCGAGGAUCUUUAUUCUCUGACCGUCUGACUGAGUCUGUGCGCGGUGAAGAUGCGGCGGAACGAGACGAGCUUUUACACCGGAUGCUUGAGACGAACGCUGCUGUCGUGCGUCCUGGUUCUGCACCUGAUCCCGCUCAGUGUCCACGGAAACAUCGUUGGGACCAAUGCCACUGAGCCGGGCAACACAACCAAUGUCACCUCCCUGAUUAGCAGGGAGGACGGGCCCGUCAAGGUCAGUGAGGUUGUCAUCAAGUUUACCGGGACGAGCAGCUCGGCCAGUCCAGACACUGUGACCCCGAGGGCGGGCCGGAUCCCCCGCGCCGGCGAGGAGGACGAGCAGAGCAGCGGCAUGUUCGAGGAAACGAUGAUCCCAGCGUUGGAAGAAGUAGGCGCGGCGGCCCCGCCCCAGCUCAGCCCUGAUUCGGCUGAGACGGAGCACUUGCUGCCUAGCAACCCACGUGGACCGGACGUCAUGGAGAGCGAGGAAGAGGAGGAUGAGGAGCAUGUGUCACACACCGACCCGCCUUGGAUUCAUGCCAAGGACACAGCCGUGUUUGACCUGGAUCACCUCUUCACCACCACCACCUCGUGUAACGUCCAGGACUACAUCUGGCACAAAGGCACUCGCUGUGAGUCGGUCGUGACGGAGUUCCAGGUGAUGUGUCUGGCAGUCGGCGCCUCGGCUCUGGUCGUCCUGCUGCUCUUCAUGAUCGUCGUCUGCUUCGCCAAGAAGCUCCACGUGCUGAAGACGGAAAACAAGAAGUUGCGUAAACGCAGCAGUAAGUACCGGCCUUCCUCGGAGCAGCACAAUGAUAAUUUCUCGCUGUCCACCAUCGCUGAGGGCUCCCACCCAAAUAAAACCAUGAGCAGAUACACCUGGGAGUGUAAGACCAAAGAGGAGUCCGACUGUGAGGAUGAUCCUAAUUCCCAGAACAAGCUGGAGGACCCGGUGAAGGCCCCGCCCAAGGAGGAUGACUCCCUGAACAUCCACAACUCUCUGACCCCCAAACACGAGAACCACAAGGUGCUGGGCGAGGAGAAUUCGUCGGAGGUAAACUCACUGCAGAACAACAUGAUGUGAAAACAAAACAAAAACAACUCCAGCAACCCCAAAACCACCAGGUGCGCCGGCAGCGGGAGCCCCCAAACCCCUCCCCGCUGUCCGUCUGUCCGUCCGCUGCCGAGCGCGCCUGACCGGUUACCAACCAACCAACCAGCCUGCCUGCCAACGUACCAGCCAACCAACCCAGUCUGCAACCGUCUCCGACACGGCAACACUGCCACCGAGCGGCCCUGGCCGCCACCAAAAACCUACAGCGUCUCCACCUCCGCCACCGCCAACGCCCCUGCUGAGAGUUAACCCCCCCACCCCUCCCCCACCAGCCUCACCCUGCUGCCGCCAUGCAAACCCCCGAUCUAGUCACGCCCCUGUUUUGCAGCCCCGUCCCCUCGUUGCUGUCACUCUACUCUCCCUGAUCUCGUACCUGCACACACACACACACACACACACACACACACACACACACACACACAGUGAGAACAUGAACACACUUUUUUGUGAACACACAACAACACGUGCUCACUCCCAACUCGUUGGCGCUUCGUCACUGGACUGUCACGUGUUCAUGUGACACUCUGAGUCUCCUCCUGCGUCUUGACGCCGUGACAGUUCACGCCUGUCCUUUCAAAAUAAACUUCUCUUUUCACAAAAAGUGCUCGUGAGAUACAGACAGGUUUUUUCAAAAUAAACUGACACCAUCAGUGAAACACCUCGUAUUACCAGUAAAAUAACAUCUUGGUUUGGCUCUACAUUCAGACAGGAAGUGAACGGCUUUUCUCAUCAGUGUCUUACACAGGAAUCAGUGACGAAGCGUCUGUGUUUGACCACACACACACACACACACACA